GUAGGGGCGGCGAACCGGGUGGGUCCGGGCUCAGGAGCGCGAGGCUGACUGUCCGGCCCCACCCCUUGCGGGCCAGCCCGUCGCCGCGCGGAAGGAACCUUCCCUCGGGCAGGGGCCGGCCCCGCCGCGCACUUCCCGCGCCCGCUCGCCGGUGACCGGAGUUGUCUCUUCCUCCGCAGGGCCGCGGCCAGAGGGCGAGAGUCCGCGCCUUCCGAGGGAGCCGCGCCCUGCGGGCCCCACCGUACCCAAGGGGAUGGAGGGCUGCCCCCGAGGCCCCCGCGCGGCUCGAGGUCCCACGCCUGCCGGCCCGCGCUAGCUGCUCGACUCGUGCGCGUUAUCCACCACCCAGGCCUUGUCUCCCGAGUCAGUGGCGUCGUGGUUCGAAAGAAAUGGAAGAAAAGGAGCGAUGUGACCGAUGCUGUUCGGUCCUCCUGCUUUGAGGCCUGGCAUUUGCAGAGGGAAACAGCAAGAAAAUCGUGGGGAGUUUUGAGGGGGGUGGGAGGGAAGGGUGGGGAAACGGAAACAAGGUCUUACAUUUUAUGGGUUUUUUUUUUUUUUUAAUUCUGCGAUUUGACAGUGGUAGUAAAAUGAAAGUAAUCCAAAAGUUAUUUUUCUAUUGAGAAGAGAAAAGAGGUGGGUUUUUUUUUUCCUUUUGAUUCCAGUCUUUUCUCCCAGUGACAAAGCAUAAAUCAUGGACACCAGAGAAUAAAGUGGACCUCAGGAACCCGGAAAAGACUGAGAAGGUUACAUUCUUCUUCUGGAGGGAAGAGUAGGGUGUUUAUAGCCAUCUCUGGAACCUAAAACAAAAAACAUGAGUUGUGUGCCAUGGAAAGGAGACAAGGCCAAAUCUGAAUCAUUGGAGCUGCCCCAGGCAGCACCCCCACAAAUCUACCAUGAGAAACAGCGCAGGGAGCUUUGUGCCCUCCACGCCCUCAAUAACGUCUUCCAGGACAGCAAUGCCUUCACCCGGGAUACGCUGCAAGAGAUUUUCCAGAGGUUGUCUCCAAACACCAUGGUGACACCUCACAAGAAGAGCAUGCUGGGAAAUGGCAACUACGAUGUGAAUGUCAUUAUGGCAGCACUUCAGACCAAAGGCUAUGAAGCUGUUUGGUGGGACAAGCGCAGGGAUGUCGGUGUCAUUGCCCUCACUAAUGUCAUGGGCUUCAUCAUGAAUCUGCCCUCCAGCCUAUGCUGGGGUCCAGUGAAACUGCCCCUCAAAAGGCAGCACUGGAUCUGUGUCCGAGAGGUGGGAGGGGCCUACUACAACCUCGACUCCAAACUCAAGAUGCCCGAGUGGAUUGGAGGCGAGAGUGAUCUCAGGAAGUUUCUAAAACAUCAUUUGCGAGGAAAGAACUGUGAACUCCUGCUGGUGGUACCAGAAGAGGUAGAGGCUCAUCAGAGUUGGAGGACUGACGUGUAGCAGUUCUCCCCAACCUCCCUCUCACCUCAGCCCCCUCAGUCCUCUGUGAUGUGCUGUGGCCUCUACAGUGGGUCUGCCCUUCCCACUUCCCCAAACAUCUCAUCGGGUUUUUCCCCUUCAGAUCUGACAGUGCAAUAGGACAGACGUGUGGACUGUUGUAAGAACUACCCCAUGUUUUGUUCCUGGGCAAGGAAGGUAGGAGCUCUGUGCACUCAAGGCCAGCAGUCACAAACCCUUGUUUUAUUUAAGAGAGGAGAAAGUGGAGCGGGGAGGGAAUCCUAGCUUAUUUUCCCUUUUCUAUGAGGACUUGACAUAGGUUCUGCUGAGUUGUCACUGCUGCUCCACACUCACCUAGAGAUGCUGCCUCCACUUUCCGUCCUGUCUGGGUCUGAAAACAGUGGGUCUGAAGAUAGUGCACACAAAGCCCAUGUGACUGGUUUGAAGGACCCAGAGCAUAAAGGUCUCUCAGGAAACCAUGUCCAGAACCCUAGCAGCGGUACAGUGAGCUGUCUCCAACCCUUAUCCCCGGGUUUAAGGGUGGUUUAUGGCCACACAUGGAGGAUUUUUGUUGUUGUUGUUGUUUUUUGAGAUUUGAGUUUCACUCUUGUUGCCCAGGCUGGAGUGCAAUGGCACGAUCUCGGCUCACUGCAACCUCCACCUCCUGGUUCAAGCAAUUUUCCUGCCUCAGCUUUCCGAGUAGCUGGGAUUACAGGUGCCUGCCACCACACCCGGCUAAUUUUGUAUUUUUAGUAGAGACAGGGUUUCUCCAUGUUGGUCAGGCUGGUCUCAAACUCCCGACCUCAGGUGAUCUGCCUGCCUUGGCCUCCCAAAGUGCUGGGAUUACAGGCAUGAGCCACCACACCCGGCAGAGUUUUAUAAUGAAAACUUAAUUAAUGUUCUAUGCUAAUAUUCCAGUAUGAAGUAAGAUACUGAACAGGAUGUGGCUAAAGCCAAACUGGGACAGCCACGGGGUGGCUUGGUUUCUUCACUCCAGUGUUGUCCCUACCAUUUCGCAACAUUGAUUUAGGAGGCUCUGGGACAAAAGAGAAGCCAAAGAGCAGUUUUCCCAGUUUACUUACUCUGGCAAAAUCAGAAAAAAAAAGUCUGCCUUUGACAUCAAAUUCCACUAAUUUGGGGCAGAGUUGGGUGAGGAAAGUAUUGUGAAGAUAAGCUGCUUGGAAUAGGGACAGCCAGAAUUCAGUAGACGCUCUAGGCUCAGAGGCUGCCACUAUAGUGCCAAGCUCCGGUUGGGUGGUUCUGUACUGUAUGGAUGGAAUAGGACCUGGGUUGGUCAUCUUUAUGUCAUUUCCUUUAUGUAUCAAUGGAAGUUCAACCUGCCCCUACCUCUUGAAAUAGUUGUAGGCCACUAUUCUCUUGUAACUUUGGAAAACAAAAGAGGAGAAAUAAGUAUACCACACGCGUGUCUCCAGAGUGGAUAUGGUUGCCUCAAGGCAGGUGGGCAGGCAGGGGUGACCCGCUGGCCCUCAGAUCAGUGAUCUCAGUGGGUCUGAGAGCUGCCCCCCUGGCCAGACUUUUCUCCAGCAGCAAAGCCAUCCUGGGGCUUGCAUGUUGAUCCUGAGCAAGCUUAACGGGGUGAAGCUGAGGCUUUCUCCCCCUGUGACUGGAGUGCAUGUUGACACCAGCACUUUUUCUGCACAUGUAUCUUCAAUCCAACAAGGCCAUUUUUUUUAUGCUGAGUAACAGGCCACCAAGCGGCUACUGCAUUAUGUCUUCUCAGCAACCGGCCGCAGUCUCUUCUGCACCAUUUUCUACACCAGACCUGCUUGGCACCACAGGGAGCUCUUUCCCCACCCUGUACAAUGACAUUCCAACCACCACCAGCCAGACGUUACAGCCAACCUUGCUGAUUGUCACAAGCAGGACCUUGGGGCCACUGGCACUGUCAGAAAUAGUAAGCCAUUUCUUGGGAAGAGGAGGAAACUCCUCUCCACAAAUCUGCUUGGGCCUGUGCAAAUGGCACUUCAAAGAGUCCCCAUGCACUUGGAGUCCGUGAGCCAACGGGAUAUGCAAGGACGCUUAAACAUUUCAGGGCUGGUUUCUCUGUUCAUAUCCAAUCCUGGUGCUUAGGAACAGGGACCCAUGCUGAUGCCUAAGGGCAAAAAGCCCCACUUCCUUUAAGGAAGUGAACAGGCCUGACCCUGAUGCCCAGUAACGGGCAACCCUAGGCUUUUUGUUUUUCUUGCUUUUAUUCCUUUUUGUUGUUGGCCUUGUGCUGGGUUUGUUUACAGAAGAUGUAUUUUGUUUAACCAAAUAUUAAAAAUGGAAAACUCCGUGUAUGUCUCCUUGUCUGCCUGAGUUCUAUAAUUGUGUAAAGAAAAAUAAACUUAAGUAUGAUGCUGUUUUAAAAGGAAUUCAUUGCCAGCAUAAGUCAUCUUUUAGAGACAUCAUGCUUUGAUUAAAUCUUUCACCUGAGAAAUUCAGACAAAAUACUCACUGAAAAGGGAUUUGGUUCAAAAGAUGUCCCCAAGACAUUUUUCAGUACAACUAAUCUUGACAGUUUGAAUAAUCCAUGUAAGUACAAGUUUGUACCACACUGGUGACUAGUGUUUUUCCCUAGUUAACAAGUGAAAGAUCAUACAUCUGCCCAGCGGGCCUGGGCCCAGCCUCACUUAUCCCGAGCACACAGCAGCAGUGUUCUGUAGUUGGAUUGCCCGGAUUUGAAUCCAGGUCUAGCACUUAACUCUGUGGCCUUGAGCAAUUACCUUUCUGUGGCUGUUUCCACUUCCGUAAAAUGGGAACAAUACCACCGAAAUUGUAGUGUUGGUUUAUCUAAUAAAUAAUUCACAUAAAAGGUUUACUCUGGCCGGGCGUGGUAGGUGACGCCUGUAAUCCCAGCACUUUGAGAGGUCGGAGGCGGGUGGAUGGCUAGAACUCAGGAGUUCAAGACCAGCUAGGGCAACAUGGCAAAACCCUGACUACCAAAAAUACAAGAAACUAGCUGGGCAUGGUGGGCGUGUACCUGGUAGUCCUAGCUACCCAGGAGGCCAAGUUGGGAGUAUCACCUGACUCUGGGAGGUAGAGGUUGCAAUGAACCCAAAUGACACCACCUGUACUCCAGUUAGACCUGGUCUCAGGCAAAAAAAUUCUGUCCCCCUUCCCUAUUCCCCAGAAAUCAGUAUUAUGUUAUUCCCCACAAAUACUUUAUAAAUUACACAGUGUCAUAGACUAAAGUAGUACAUAGACCCAAUCCUUUGUUUUAGGCUGCUGGAUCUCAAAGUGACUGCCUAAAUUCAGGGCAAAGAUUGCUAUGAAGUACUUGGCUAAAAAUGAAUUUUUUCACUUUUGGAAACAAUUUGGGCCUAUGGGUGUUAAGACGGAGGUGCUGCUGGUUUAGAUGAGAAAAUGUGAGGGGCAGUACGUGUCUGUGACCUGGUCUCGUUUCAAGGUACUUAGGAUGACACUUUCAGAUGGAAUCAUUUUUAAUAUUUAAAUACAAAAAGUGAGCACUGACUUCUGUUUUUUUAAACACACACACAGGUCUAACAACCAAACUGUGCAGGGGAAAUGAACUCCUGUCUUCCACAGUCCCCAUUCUGUGGCUGAAGCUGCAGCCAGCCUCCCUCCUCUCAUACAUAGGGAUUCAUAGUGGCCGCUUUACACUACAGGUGUAAUGCAUGUUGUCUUUCACAUUGCAUGCAUGUCCCUCCCUAACAGCUCCAUUCUUUAAAAAAAAAUUUUUUUAAAUAAAAAAGGCAGUCGUUAAUGGUCAGGGGCACAUCCCUCCCACUGGCAUCGGUUCCUACCCACAAGGGGAAAGUGACAUCUUCCAGUUAGGAGCAAUUUGGUGAAAGGAGUGGGGUGGCCAGAGCAGGAAUAACCGUCUGCGUGGCUGCACUCUGGUAUCAGAGUGAAGACAGAAGUAAGGAUAGUGUGGAGGGCACAGUUGCCAGUUGAGUCUUUCCAUGAGACAAUGUGAGGAGAAUCCUCCCCACCAGGUUUAGAUAGAUCAAUGUGCCAAAGUUAAAAAAAAAAAAAAAAA